AUGUUUGUCCUCGGGCAGCGGCCAGCGGGGAAGGCCUUGCGCGCGGAAGGGUCGGGCGAAGCCGCCAUCGACGCAUCGCCGACCCGGCCGCUGGGAGGGCCGACCGCCGCCAUCCGAUAUGCCGAAGAAUUGUUACCCGGGGAACAGGCGCGCGCUCUUGAGCGCGGCAAGCUGAGAAUUAUCGGCUCUCCUCGGCGACUUGUGUUUUCGGUGCUCACCUGCGGUGCCACGACUGUUGAGGGCAUCAACUUUGAGCCGCGGUCGCUUCCGUCCAGUGUUGUUGUCGUUGCUGGCCACUUGUGGCAAUUCCCCCCGGCCAGCGCCAUCCGCAGCACUGGGAAAGACGGCGGAAGCGGGAGCUUCGCCUUCCGCAGACCAGCAAAUAAGCCCGUGGACCGGAGCGCCCGCCCGUGGACAGCUCUGAGCCCAGACACGGAUAUCACCGCCGUGUCUGCCUCGGCGGCUCGGAAUAUUGGACGCGGCGAAGCGCUUCUCUUAACCAGGGAGUAA